AUGUUUUCUCCUCAGCAAGAUGAAAUCCUAGCUACGGUAACUUUUGGUGAAUCAGAGGGCUCAUCCAAAGGAAAAAUUACACUGUGGGGCAAGCCAGACUCUUCAGAGUCCAUUACCUUGACCACUGGAAAAAUUUCUGCAGAAGUAAAAUAUGGUUCUUUUAAUUUGAAAGUAGAAAUUAAGAAUGUUUCUUUACCUGAUUCUGGAACAAACAUUGUGGCUGAAAAAAAGAAAAGUUCUAAGAACAAAAAACGUUGUCAUGAAAGACAAUACCAGAAAAGUCAAGGUUCAAAAUGUUCAAAGUACCAGUGUCCUUCAACUUACCAUUCAGCAGAAGACAAUGGGAAAUACAGGGGAUCCUCUAAACAUAGAAUUCAAACUGCCAUCAACGGAAGUGCCUCCUUGGAAAUGAACAUUGAAGCAAAAGAAAUUCAAGUGCAAUAUACCAGUGGAAAGAAAAAUCUGAAGGUUAACAUCAAAGCUGGUGAGCAGGCACAGAGCAAAGCAUUCAACAAGGAACGUGAAGAUACGUAUUGGAGUGAAACAGAUUAUUCUGUAACAGAGGCACCAUGUAAUACAGAUUGUGAGUCAUCUUUUAGCUUUCAUGAAAAAGUAGAUUAUACAUUUCCAGAUGGAUGUACACUUCUCCCUCCACCUAAAGAAUUUGCUGACUGUGACAAAAUGCAUCUGGAUACAAUUGCAGAGGGGGUGUCUUUGUACCCUGUUAAUAGCAGAAAGGACUCUGACAGCCUCUCUACAGCCUUGACUAUUAAUGUUUUGCAUAACCCAAACAAUGGGAAGGAGUGCAUCAGUAAGAACAAUGUAUUAGGUCAAGGAAGAAAUAACUGUGACAAACGAAGAGACACAGGACAAAAAACAGCAAGAAGUAAGUCUUUCCCAGAUACUACUCUCAACGUACCAUCACCAAUUUACCCUAGAAGGGAUUCUGGCUUUUAUUCAUUGCCAUCCUUAAAAGUAUUGCAUAAGGAGACCAAAGCAGGGGAUGUCUAUAACAGGAACUCACAUAUUCAUACAAAAUAUACAGAACUUUCUAAAUGUCCUGACUUGACCUCCUCACUAACAGAGCUUUGCAAGUGCCCUGACUUGACUUCUCCACUGAAAAAUUUGAGAAGUCUUAAGUCUUCAUAUCAGUAUGCUUUCACAUCAUUUGAUCAUAAUGUUACCAUUUAUCCAUCUGAGCCUGAAGAAAGUUUAGAUGGCACUUAUUUGCUGAAUGACUAUGCAGACUGUGCAGGGCAAGGUGAAGAAACAGAAGAAACAUUAUUGGAGAGUCUUCAUUCCAGUGGUACUAUAAAUGACAAAAAGGAAAAUGGGUGUGAAGAGCCUCUGAGAAAUCUGGCCAUGUGGAAGGAAGACUCUGAGUCCACUGAAGAAGCUUUAGAUAAAGGGACACCAGAGUACAACUAUAUAGAAAAGCAUGUGGAAUGGCAAAACAAAGCUCAGCUGGUACAGGUCACUCCACAUUCUAGAAGCCCUGCAGGUGAAUUCAUUAAUGACAAGGAGAGUGCUAAUUAUGCAUCUACAGAAAACAUCCCAAAACAACUUUCAGCCUUAGAGCUAAAUGUUCACCCACCCUCUGCAGAGUCUGAGGUAACAAAUAAACGGAGAGGAUCAGUACCAACUGACUCUGCAGUGAUAAAGGGAAAACUAGAUGGAAGAUUGAUCCAAGAUGAUACUACAUUGACAUCCGAAUGUUUUGGCUCUGCAGUAAGAAAAGAGUCUAACUUAUUCUGCAGUACACCAGAAAAAUCUUUGCUGUCAUCCUUGUGGUUAGAUCCCAAGGAGCAAGACAUAAAUAAAGAAUCAGAAAACUUUUCUGAGAUACAAGACCUAUGUGGGUAUAUCCUUGUUGAAUCUGAUUGCCAUGAUUCAGCAGACGCUUCUGUAUUAUCUACAUCUUCUGCAUGUACAGAAAAGAAAGAGAAUAUCACAGAACAUUCAAAUGUUAAGGAAAGGUCAGAGAACUUUUGCAGUAAACAGUCAACUGAUGAUACCUUAAGGAGAGAGCCUGGAGCACAUCAACAACCUCACUUACCCAAAUCCAACUCUGAAGAAAUUGAGAAAGGUUUUGAAAUUAAAGAAAAUUAUUAUGACAGUGCAGAUAUCACCCUAUCAUCAGUAAAACAGAUUAGUCAGAAAGACUUAAAAUCAGAAAUGAAUAAAACCAGAAAGCUACCUUUGAAGAAGGACACCAGAGCAAGUGACAGUUCCCAGGAGGAUGCAAUAGACCAGUGGGCCAGAAGACGGAAACAGUUCAAAGACAGCAAAAAGUGCAGUUCAACUGGAGGAAGCUCCAUAAACAGCACAAUCACUGAGGGAUCAAUAAAUUCAGAGGAUGCUCGAUCAGUAGAUUUGGGACUAUAUGCUGAAAAUGAAGACAGAGGUUUUUAUACAGAAAACUUUCAUUCUGCUUCCUGGGUUUUCAGAGGAGAUGAUGUCUCUCCAGAUAACAGUCCUAGAUGUCUCAGCAAAAGACCUAGACCAGUAGCAAUUCGAGAAAGAACAGUGAAGAUUGCUAAAGGAACUGGUAAUUAUCCUUGGGGUUUCAGGAUCCAGUUCUCAAAGCCUAUCCUUGUGACUGAAGUUGACACAAAUAGUGCAGCUGAAGAAGCUGGGCUUCAGGUUGGGGAUAUUCUAAUAGCAGUCAAUGGAACUGAUGUCACCAGCAUGCCACAUUCAGAAGCUGCCAAUCUGGCAAGGAAAGGUCCUGAUAUCCUGACUAUGAUUGUGGGAUCAGACAUCAGCCGUUACCCCAACACCCCCAGACCUACCUGCCGAGGAUAUCUGCAUAAACGAACACAGUCAGCAAUUCUGAAGGGCUGGAGAAAGAGGUGGUUUGUGCUGAAACACAAUGGCUACCUGCACUAUUACAAACACAAGAAGGAUGAAGGGAAGUGCAGACCCCUGGAAGUAACGAAGCUGGAAGGAGCAGAAAUUGGUGUUGACACCAGUCUGGGGAAACCAUUUGUUUUUAAAUGUAUACCUCAAACUGGAAACAGGAUUUUCUACUUCUGUGCAACUUCCAACCAAGAAAUGAAGAGGUGGCUGGAGGCUAUGGAUAAAGCAGUGCAUCCUGUCCAUCAGAACCAUGUGUGGGUAGAUGUCACACUACAUAACACUACACUCCCACCCUUGGCUAUCAAAAAUCCCGAGUGCCUGGGUCUUCUCCACCAGCUGGACAGGAGCAAAGAUGUCUGGAUUCAGCACUACUGCAUUCUGAAGGAUGGCUGUUUGUACUUUUAUGCCACUCUCCGGUCUACACCUGCCCAAGGUGGCCUUUACCUACAAGGGUAUAUUGUGAGUGAACAGUCUCUGGGCUCCAAGAGAUCUGUAAUUGAACUCAAACCUCCAUCUGAAGAAUUUAAAACCUUUUACUUAUGUGCAGAGAAUGUAAAUGAAAACAAAAGGUGGAUUACAGCCUUGAAAGCUUCAAUUAAUAAAUGGUUACCCCUACACCAGGCAAUCCAAGAUUUCAUGAACAGACCACUGGAGGAGACAAGGAUGUGAGAAGGUGGCUCAGUUUUUCCCCAGUUAUGUUUUGCAUUUUAAAUUUCAUGCUAUGUCUUCUGAUUCAUCUCAAAAGAUGCUGUAGCAGCAGCUAAUCAUUAGCAUUGGUAUACAUUCAUAACUUUUGUAAGCAUUAGUAAAUAAACGCAAAGCAAGGUUGC